AUGAAGGUGACAUUCAGCGUCUUCCUCCGGGAACAGUUCGCGAUCCUCUCGAAGCCGGCGUCUUACGCUCCCUCUUUGGCAGGCAAGACUGUCGUCAUCACCGGCGCCAAUGUGGGGUUAGGAUUUGAGGCCGCUCAACAUCCAGCACGCUUGCAUCCUGGACGGCUGAUCCUCGCGUGUCGAGAUCCGAAGAAGGGCAAGGACGCAGCAGACGCGAUCAGACGAGUUACAGGGUGCGAAAACGUGGAGGCCUGUACAUUGGAUAUUGCUAGUAACGCUAGUCUGAAAGCGUUUGCAGAGAAAUUUGCAAAGGAGAUUGGGAAACUGGACAUUCUAGUCGAAAACGCAGGAGUCAACGUGCCGAAAAUGGAACGCACUGAUGAUGGGUGGGAGAAGAACAUCGGUAUCAACCACCUUGGCACCGCCCACCUCGCCCUUCGCAUGCUUCCUUUCCUUCUCCAAGCAUCCCAACCGCGAGUCGUCAUCCUCGCGAGCGACGUGCACUACCUCACUACAGAUCCCGAAGGAUUGAACCAGGUGGACGUCCUUCACCGACUAAACUCGGACAAACAGACGAAUAAGUUCGAGAGCUUCAAUGGCAUUCAACGGUACAACGUCUCCAAGACACUGAAUGUGCUCUGGGGCGAGGAACUCUCGAAGCACAUUCCGUCUUCCUCCUCCCUCGCCGUGAGCACCGUGAACCCCGGUUUUUGCGUCUCGUCCUUGUUGCGGGACCAGCCCUUCUUCCUCCGAGUAUUUAACCACCUUGUUGGUCGCUCGACAGAAGUGGGAAGCAGGACAAUCGUUCAUGCUGCCGUAGCUCCCGCACUACAGGGCAAGACAGGCGUAUACCUCAGCAGCUGUAGGAUUACGGAGCCAAGCGAUUUCGUUAUCAGCAAAGAGGGACAAGAGGCGGAGAAGAAGAUCUGGGCUGAAACGUUGGAUAUUCUUGGUCAGGUCGAUCCGGAAGUCACGCACGUAGCGGAUCAGUAUCUCAGCAAAUAA